AUGAGUGCAAACGAGCUGCUCGGCAGCGAUAACCGGAAUCGUUUGAAGGAGCUUGCGAAAGGUUCAUUCUCCGAGGAAAGCAUUCUGAAGGAUCUUGCAUCCGAUGAGCCUUCAUGCCGGCGAGAUGCCGCCCUGAUUCUCUUUCACCACGCUUGUAAAAAAGCGCCUAAUACGGAGGGUUCUGCAUUCAUCGAAGCCCUCGCAGAAACACUGAAGCAGCCAAGAGCCCGGGAGGGCAUCGACGUCCAUGCCUGGGCUACCUGCGCCGAGGCGACCCUGGCCGCGCUGCACCCACUCGUUGAGGCGGGAGCGGACCGGUUACUCGAAGAAGACUUCUUGCUGCCGCUCAUUCCCUACACCGAAGUCGGCCGGCCCUGGAACACCGAUGCCGCGGCCUCGACCGCCAAGAGCUUGGUUGAUGGACAGCUGUCCGGCGAGAAGAAGCAAGACUUCGUCACCCGCGUCGUCCUCCAGCGCUACCUCCGGCCACUCUUCUCUAAAAGCACGUCCUCGGUCACCGCAGAAGGUCGCCCGGCGUUGUUCCGCGAGCCGCCACCGCCCAACGGCGGCUUCCACGAGCAAAAGGCCGCCUGGAAGGACGCCGGCCCGCACGUCGUCACCGUCUUUGCAUGGGCCGUCGAAGCCUCCGAGCCCUCUACGAUUAAGCAGCACUGGCCGCUCUACGUGCCCGUGCUCGUCACCCUCGCCGAGGACGGCGACGUUGCCGUCCGCCAGUGCGGCCUCGACGUGCUCGGCCGCUUCCUCGCCGCGUGCCCCGCCGAGGUGCUCCGCGCGUCCGGCGUCGACGCCGUGUUCGAGGCGUCCGUGCUGCCCUCGCUGCUCUUCCUGCCGUCGCUCACGCCCGAGGCCGAGUCCGUCCCGCUGCUGCGCGCCGCCUACCACGUGCUGCACGCCCUGGCCCUUGCUGCUGGCGCGGACGACCCCGCGGCGGCGAGGCGCCGCGCGCUGCUGGACAGGACGCUGCGCGAGGGCGUGUUCGCGGGCUAUUUUCACGCCUCGCAGCACGUACGCGUCGUCGAGGUGCUGAUGCGGGCGGCAGCCGAGAUUGUCCAGGCGCUGGAGGUCUAUGCCGUGAAGCACUUGCAGAGUUUGCUAGAUCUCUUUACCCCGGUGCUAACGGACGCCUUUGCGUUGGCGUAUCCUCCUGCUGUCCUGGCAGCUGCACAGGCCCUCAACACUACAAUCCUCAACUGCUGGCCGCGCAUAAUCGGCACACCACACGCCGAACAUAUUAUCAGCAUCGCAUCACGAUGCUGGAUCAACGUUCAUGACCAGGACAGCGGCGACUGGGGCCCCGAACUAGAGAGUCUAGCCGACGAGCUUAGCAAGACAAUGAUGCUGGUGGCGACGUUGUGGAAGGAGAGCGACGAGGUGAUACCGGUGGAGAAGCUGGCGCGAAUCGUGCAAAAGGCGCCCAGCCUCAAACCCUUGUUUGCCCCGUUCCGGUUGGAAAAGUCCACUGCAUGA